AUGUCACCCUCGGAUGGCAUGUGUGGGAUUCAGCCAGCGGACAGGCGGCUGCCCAGGAAGCUGACGUGUGCUCACGGCCGCGCCUCGGAGAGCCCAGCACAGCAGCGGGCGCAUCUCAGCAGGAUGCGAAGCCGCGCUGGGCGGCCCGUGCGCGAGGCCGGCUGCUGGCGGGGACAGGCGGGGGCGCUGCGCCCGCGGGAAUGUGACAUCAGCGAGCGGCGCAGGCGGCUGGAGCAGGCAGCUCCCCUCUGCUGCGCGGUGCGCACCUCGCCGGGAGGACGCGGACCCGGACCCGGCCGGGCCGGCGGCGGGAUGUCGGCGAAGGAGAGGCCGAAGGGCAAAGUGAUCAAGGACAGCGUCACCCUCCUGCCCUGCUUCUAUUUUGUGGAGCUGCCGAUCCUGGCCUCGUCGGUGGUCAGCCUGUACUUCCUGGAGCUCACGGAUGUCUUCAAGCCCGUGCACUCGGGGUUCAGCUGCUAUGACCGCAGCCUCAGCAUGCCCUACAUCGAGCCCACCCAGGAGGCCAUCCCGCUGCUCAUGCUGCUGAGCCUGGCCUUCGCGGGGCCUGCCAUCACGAUCAUGGUGGGGGAAGGCAUUCUCUACUGCUGCCUGUCCAAGCGGCGGAACGGCGUGGGCCUGGAGCCCAACAUCAACGCCGGGGGCUGCAACUUCAACUCCUUCCUCAGAAGGGCCGUCCGAUUCGUCGGUGUCCACGUGUUCGGCCUGUGCUCCACGGCCCUCAUCACUGACAUCAUCCAGCUGUCCACGGGGUACCAGGCGCCCUACUUCCUGACGGUGUGCAAGCCCAACUACACCUCCCUGAACGUCUCCUGCAAAGAAAACUCCUACAUCGUGGAAGACAUCUGCUCGGGCUCGGACCUCACCGUCAUCAACAGCGGCAGAAAAUCAUUCCCUUCCCAGCACGCGACCCUCGCCGCCUUUGCUGCUGUGUACGUGUCGAUGUACUUCAACUCCACGUUAACGGACUCCUCGAAGCUCCUGAAACCCCUCUUGGUCUUCACGUUCAUCAUCUGCGGCAUCAUCUGCGGGCUGACGCGCAUAACGCAGUACAAGAACCACCCCGUGGACGUCUACUGCGGCUUCCUAAUCGGAGGAGGAAUCGCUCUGUACUUG